GGCCACAGUGCCGGCCUCGUGCGCCCCCGCCUCGUCGCCUCCGCUAGCCACCUGCCCGCUUCCGCCCUCUCUGCCUCGCAGCAGCAGCGGCAUGGCCGCCGGCGUGCUGUCUACCGUCCGGUGGUCCACCGCUUGCGCGGUGCUGCUCAACGCCAUCGCCGCCUCCACGGGCGCCGCCGUCGCGGCCGUCGCGUUCGGCCGCUGCGGCGGGGGCGCCAUAGGCCCGGCCGCCGCCGCCGCGUCCGCCGCGUUGGCAGCUAGGCUCCUUGCUUCCGCGGUGGCGGGAUUCGCGCAGGGCGCUGCCGCCUCCGCUAUCGCCGCCGGUGCUAUCGGGGCCCACGUCGACAGCGAGCGCGACCUUCGCCAACUCUCUCGGCUACGAUACAAGAGAUGGCUUUGGUGGACAAGAUUUGGAAUGAUCAUUACAGUGCUACAAUUUGUGUUGGCAAUUUAUUUGAUGUGUAUCAUCUUAAGGGAUGUCUUGGCUGGAGGGUCUCCAACACAGUGCUUUUCAGGUCAAAAUCAAAAGAGUGAUGGGAGGCGCAUCUUGUUAAUAGCUUUUCUUGUCACUAUGUGGGUGUCAACUAUAGUUCAGUGUGCUACUGGUUCUGAUGUACUAAGGUGGAGAUCAUUUUAUGCAUCCCAUGAUUUUGCGUGGAGGGCUCACUACCGGGAGGUGUUUGAUCAUGGAAUCCGUGAGGUCUUAUGCUGCCUAGGGCGUGUUAAAUAUUCGAGUGUGUUGGAAGAUGAUGAUAUAUGUAUUGUGGCAAAGUUAUUGGGUGAUCUUAUGGCUUAUCGCGCAUCUGGAACUGGCCAUCUUGAACUCGUAGCAGGACUUUCACUACUGCAGAAAUCCAAGUCAUCCACAAUUAUUUCAAAAGAACUAGUGGAGGCUCCUCAAAAUCUCAUCCAAGAGGCUCUUCUCUUUCAUCCAUUUGCUGAAGCUGCCUAUACAGGCCCACUGCUUGAUUUUGGAAGGAAUCCUCUUAUGUUUCCCUGUGUGUGGCUCAAUAGGCAAGGUGUUUUGACCCCAUGGACUCGUGCUAGACGACCAGUUCUUGAAGGCGAUAACUGGUGGAGAGGGCAUGCAGCUGCUUUCCUAAAAUAUGCCAAUGUGGCCCCAGAAGUCCUUCGAAAAGGUCGUGUUAACCAGACAAAACGCGAGACCGCCUAUUUUGUUGUUGUCUUACACUAUUUGAGUACAGUAGUCAUUGCUGUCCGUGGAACUGAGACACCAGAAGAUGUUAUAACAGAUGGCUUGUGUAAGGAAUGUUCCCUUAAUAUAGAUGAUCUGGAUGGGUUGAUCAAUUCUGAUCAUCUGUCUCCUCAAGUGAAGAAUGCUGUUCUCUCAUCUCCACACUAUGGACAUGCAGGAAUUGUUGAAUCAGCUCGAGAGCUGUACACAGAACUUGAGGGUCAUCCCAUACAUGAAGAUAAGUCAGGUACAAUGAAAACUGGAUUCUUAUCUUCUCUUCUUGGGGAUGGUUGUGAGUGCCAUGGAUACAAUAUUCAAAUUGUUGGACAUUCUUUAGGAGGUUCUGUAGCUGCACUUCUUGGUAUUAAGCUAUACGGACGCUUCCCAAAAUUACAUGUGUAUGCGUAUGGAGCUGCACCAUGUGUGGAUUAUGUGGUAGCAGAUGCCUGCUCACUAUUUGUUACCAGUAUAGUCCAUAAUGAUGAAUUCUCUGCACGGUUAUCCAUGAAUUCAGUAAUUAGAUUGCGUAGCUCAGCUGUGAAAGCUCUUUCAAAGGGUACUUCCCCCAAUUCAGCUAAAGUUGGUAAACUAGUUGGUGGAAUCAUGAGUGCCCAAACAGAUGAUAAAGACGCACUAGAUCAUUGUGCUUCCGCUGAUGCUCUGCAGACGGUUAGUGAGGCUGAGCUAAGUAAUGAUCAAGCGCAUGGAAGGAAUCCAGUGCAUACAAUUAAAGGUGGUUUAUUUCUCUUUGGGCAAGCAAUAUCUUGCUUGAUAAAUACUCCAAAGCAUCGAGUUAACUCCACAGCAGCAAUUAACUAUGAGUUGGGCAGAUCUAGAAUUACUACUGUUAGUGACGGAAGGAAAUCCGUGGUUGCUUCCUGUGGUUUUAUGGAUGUUUCGCACCGUGGAGAAGGUAAUCCGCACAUAAACAGUCACUUUCUAGAAGAUGGUUUGUUUGAAUGUGGUGGGGGACACAUAUCACCUCAUUCAAAUGAUGGUCCUGGACUCACGUCUGCUUCUGAUGGUUGCAUCAUUACGAUAAGCUCAUCUGAAGGGCAGUCACCAGAGGUUUAUCUUCCUGGUCUUGUUGUUCAUGUUGUUCCAGUAAAGAAAGGUGCUUCUCCAUUGCAGAAUACAAUUGUAACACGCCAAAAGAACAAGAGUUACAAAGCGCUAAUUGCUCGUCGAAGAGAUUUUAUGGACCUUGUUGUGACACAUCACAUGUUCCUUGAUCAUCUCCCUUGGAGGUGCCACUAUGCCAUGCAAAAGGUCAUAGAAACACGAAAACGGGAUCAGCUCGCCAGUGAUCUGUCCACCGCAGAGGAAGCUGUAUAAUUCUAUUAGUGCAUUUCUUCUUUGUUGUACAUACGUUAAGAAAUUGAGAUCACAUGGAUUAUGGGUCAAUGCGGGUUGAUGGUUACAUAUAACAUUAUUGUCUGUAUCAGUAGAGCUUUAGGAGAGUUUAGGACGAUCGAAACAGGACGUUUGCCCAUCUGAUGAGGAUUAUCUGAAUCUCAGCAUUGUUGUACGCAGCCUUUGACAUAGGCUGGCUCUCUGUGAGAUCAACCCAGAUGCCGUUGUUGUUUAUGGAACCAGUGUGGUAGAUGGCAGAGCCUAUGGUAAAUUGGUAAUCUCCAAGUAGUGUUGUAAGUUGGUACCUAUCCGCAGCCACGCAUGUGCCUGUUGAUGAAGUUUCCUUGACACUCUGCUGGUCCGAAGUCUGAAAGAAUUCCAGCCUUUUUCUUCCAAUGAAAGUCAUGCUAGCAGUAUGCAUUUGAAUUCA